AAAAAAAGCAAUUGUACUUAAAAAUAGGUUUUAUCUAAGUUGUUUUUUUUCUCUCCCGUUUUUCAGGUGUGGCAGCCUUUUAACGGAGGAAAGCUAAUCAACAACCAUGAAUUUGAACAACUUUUUGGCUCUGCCCAAGCCCAAAUCAGUAAAGCUGAAUGCCAGGAAUUUGCGUGAGCUACGUAUGGAGACGGCGCAGCUCAGCCAGGACAACAAAGAAAUGGAGAUUCGCCUGCAGCAACUCAAAGAGGUUAUGAGCUAUGAGAAAGAGGAGCGAGAGAAGAAUGGUGCUUUUCACUGGAAAUCUGCUCAGACCCAGGAUGGGACAAAGGACAAAGAGAAAAAGUUUAAAAAAAGUGCCCCCAGCAAGAUCAAGAUAAAAGUUCUGAAGAACGAGCCUUUGCCGGAGAGAGUUGAAAGGGUGCCUGAGCCUCCACCUACAAAAGGUGGACAGAGCAGAAAAUCCAGGCUAAAAGGAAAAGCAUGUGGCCAGUGUGAAGCUCGAACUGCUGGAUUGGUGUGUGCAGAAUGUGCAGAGGAUUACUGUGUCAGCUGCUUUGCCAAAUUCCAUCAGAAGGGGGCACUAAGGUUCCAUCACAUCAUACCCAUGCAGGCCGAGCUUCAUACCUCCAUCAGCACACUGGAUGUGGUGAAUUGUUUUCAGAAAAAGACUGAAAAAGAAGAAGAGGAAGAAAUUUGGUUGAAUCACAGUGAUGUUGGGGAAACACAUCCAGAAUGCAGAGCAACACCAGAAUUCUUCCAGGCUGUUAAUGAUAACCAGAUACACAACAAACAAGUGUUGUUUGUGAAUAAUGUGAAUGAAGAGAAUGAAGACUCUUUACUAAGAGGCACUUUUGAUGAGGAGGAAUCCUCCAAAAGUUUCCAGCAAGCUCUGAAUGAGUGGAGAACAGGAAACAUACAUGCCAACAGGGAACAUCAAGAAUCCAACCAAAAUUCACAAAGUGCUUCACCAGCAACCAUGGAUGCGAUGGGGACCCAGACUGGAGGAAGAACUCAUGUACAUAUUGAAUUUAGGGAUCAGGGAUUAAGCUACAUGGAAAGGCUGCUACUAAAGAAACACCGCAGGACACAGAUUGAAUCUUACCAGUUGCUUUCCAACCCAAGAUCCCUACAGGACUUAAUUACAGAAACUCACACACAGCCUAUUGAAGAGAACCAUGAGACUAAUGAACUAACAGCUGAAGAGAUGGAUCUGCACCAUUACUGCAUCUCUCUUUUUGCUGUCUCCUGCUCAGCAGAAGCAGAAAAAGUGAAUAACAUUUUCAAAUCAUGCCUGAGUAUCACAGAGAUAGAUGAGACAGCAGGUGACCCUCUGGUGGAUAUUUCCUUUGGAGUCAAGCUAAGAGAUGAUAAAAAUCAAAGAGAAGAUGCUUCAGCAAUGGUUUCCCAAUCAAGAGAAAGAUUUUCAAAUUCAGCAAAGCCACUCUUACAAAAAUCCCAAAAUAAUGAAAUAAUUCUGAGUGAGUCAAAGGAAUCAUUCUUACAAUCACAACCAUCUGACCAGCACUUGUCAACACCUGCUUUCCAUAACUUCCAAAUAUCUGUGGAUACCAACACUUUAAUAGGCUCUGAAAUGCUUAUUACCGAACAAUAUGAGGAAAACACACUUCAAGCAGCACAAAAGGAGGUUGAGUCACUCAGCAUUUCACAAACAUGUUUUAAAUCUGCUACAGCAACAGCGCAUAGUCAGAGACCCAAUGAAAUCCAAAAACCAUUGAUGCCUAAAGUGCCAUUUUUAUCCCAAUCCAAGUCAGCAGUGGACCAGGAUUCCUCCCUGUUUCUUUCUCGGCAAUUCCACAGUCCACUGUCUUCCACAUCGGCAGCAUUUCCUGCUUCCUUCAUGUCAAAAUUUAACCCACAAUCUCCAGGAGACCAGACCAUUGUAUACGAAGUUCCCAACUCACCAUCGUCAUUGUCCACAUCAACACAGAGCUUAGAUACGUUUUCAUUCCCCCAAUCCCAGGGCCCCUUUCCUUCCACAUCAUUUCAAUGCCCCUUGGCAGGAUUUUCCAUUUCCUCCAGAGUAGAAUUGAGUCCAACACCUUCAGAGCUCUAUCAUAUCAGAUCUAAAAGUAUGACCCCAUGGUCUACUAAAUCUUCCUCUCAGAGCCAAAGUGAUAACACUCCAUCACAGUCACCGGAACCUUCAGAACUUCUGAAAUCACCUUUAUCUGCAGAGCAGUCAUUCUCGGAUGAUGAGAAACCAUAUAUUGUUUCUUUAGGAUUGUCAUCAUCUUUGACAGACAUCCUACAAAGCUCACCUCCUCUUCACCUAAGCUUAUCAAAUUCAGAUAUGUCAAGUGGAAGUGUUGGCAUGAUGCCCACAGAUGAAGAUUUUUCUGAUGAAGAAAUGAGGAGAGAUGUACUGCAUGACAUGAAGGAAGAAGAGGAGAGAAACCUGCCCUCUUCUGCCCUAUCUCUGUUUUCCACUGCAGAUGCUUUUUUCCAUUCUCAAAACCCCAAGAAUGAAGAGAAGUCACGGUUAUUUACCAAACCAUGCCUGGCUGUACGAUCAUUAGCGCAGAGACAAAACAAUGUAUCCACAAACUACCAAGGCCUAAAUGGCUUUUUCAUGCUGGGGCUAGCCUCCAGGUCUGUUCCACUGAGUCUGGCUGCAUCACAUUCAUCACAUCCAGAGAUACAUACACACUCUACAAACUCAGAGGCCUUAAUGUCAGGUCAGUACUGAUGCAGUCCAAAUUUCUCUGUUAAAUUAUGUUUAUUUCUGUCAGUUAGUUCAAAGUACAUUAUAAUACUUUGUGUUAUAAAUUAGGGCAUUUAGUUAACAAUCAGUCUAGUUAUGUCGUAGACACCAUUGGUGUAGCAAUUCAUAGUGAAAAGUUU